GAGUGGAGAUUAACCAGUACUUGUCUGAAACAUUUGGUUCGCUGAAGAAAAACAAUUUGGACGGUGGCCGCCGCCAUCUCCUCCUCCUCCAUCCAGCGUCAUCAAAUGAUAUGGAGUCGGUUUGGAUUAGGAAGGCAAAUGAAGAAGAUGAUGAUGGUUAGAUUGAGAUUGAGAGCACAACAAACACACAAGACAGUGACUGCUCCUGUUUCAUAUUCAUAUUCAUAUUCAUAUUCAUAUUCAUAUUCAAGUGAAACGAAAAGGGAGAAUGUGCGUUCUUCUGAUUUGAUUGCUCUCUCUUGCUUCUUCUGGUCUUCCCAACGCCGCCGCGAUCACCAGUCCGUCACCGUCGACCACAUGGUCCCUGUGCUUGGUCGCCUCACUCGCCGCCACAAAACCCUCCAAGCCAUUCUCCUUCAAUUGGAAUCCAUAGGCUGUAUCCUCACCAAAAAUCCUAAUUCGUUCUUGCUCUUGUUGAGGAUUUUAUGGCGAGCAGGUAUGCAUGCCAUGUUCUUCCAAGCUUAUCACCAAAUGCAAUCUUACGGUUUUGUUCCCAAUACAUUUGCUCGUAAUUUGUUUAUGGAUGCUCAUUUUAGGAUUGGCAAUCUCCAUCUUGCUUUAACUGUUUUUCAACAAAUUCAACCCCCUAAUUUCUUCACCUUUGACAUUACCCUUUUUCAUCUUUCCAACUUAACUACUGAUCUCACUCUAAUCACUCCUAUUCUCAAACGUAUGUUGAGGAUGCAUUACUAUCCCAAUGCUAACACCUUUCACUCCCUUCUCAAUGCUUUCUUUAAGAUGGAUGCAUUGCUCGAGGCUUAUCAGCUCUUGGGUCUCAUGGUUGUUUUAGGGAUCCAAUUCUCCGUCAAUGUUUGGACUAUUCUCAUCCAUAAGCACUGUCAAUUGGGUAUACUUGAUGUUGCCAACAAACUGUUGCAAAACAUGCUUCAUACAGGUUGUUCUCCUAAUGUUGUAACCUAUACCACCUUGAUUAAGGCAUAUAUGGAAUCCAACAGGGUAACUGAUGCCUCUAAUUUGUUCAAUCACAUGCGUUCUGCCGGCCAUACUCCGGAUUUAGUUCUUUGGAAUGUGUUAAUUGAUUGCCAUUCAAAGGCUGGAAGGCACCAGGAUGCACUUGGAGUUUUUCGCAGCUUGUCAAAACAAAACAUACAACCUGAUCCUUAUACCCUUACUUCAUGGUUGUCUAUGAUCUGUCAGUCUAGAAUGUUUGAUCUCUUACCCAAACCAGCUCUAGUCUUCAGAUAUAUAGAUCCUGAUUUAGUUUUCUGUAAUGCUCUGCUAAGCUAUUUAGUUAAGGCUGGGCAUCCUUCUGACGCUGCUGAGUUCUAUGAUCUUAUGAUUGAAUUAGGUUUUGCGCCAGAUAAGUAUAGUUUUGCUGUAUUACUAAGUGCACUUUGUGCUGCGGGGAAAAUUUAUGAAGCAGUUAAAGUGUACCGUGGUGGUGUUAUGAGUUCUCAAGAAACUGAUGCACGCAUCCAUACUGUAAUAAUAGUUGAGCUUAUAAAGGCUGGUAAGUAUCUCAUGGCUGCUACUGUUUUUAAGCAAGCAGUGGUGAGAAAAUAUCCACUUGACAAUGUAGCAUAUGCAGUUGGCAUAUGUGCACUUCUUAGAAGUGGAAGAACCCCGGAUGCUUGCACAUUUUACGACCAAAUGAAGGAGAAUGGUCUGAAACCUAAUGCUCAUACAUGUAAUAUGAUGCUUUUCACUUUUUAUAAAGAAAAAGACCUUCAAAAGGUUAAUCAGAUGCUAAAAGAGAUGAUUGGUUCAAGGAUAGAGUUGAGUGACAGAAAUUUCUUAAACUUAUGUAACUUUCCAUGUAGAUCAGAUGCUUAUUAUUCUACAUCAAACUUGUUGGCUGAGAUGAGAGAGAUGGGUUUAUUACCUGCCAAGGCUUUGCACGCCUUAAGCUCUGACAAGUAUGCUGAAAGCUUAGAAGAAAAAUAUGAACAUUGUGCAGAAGUUAAUACAGAACUGAACCUAGUUCUAGAUUCAUCCAGUUCUGAAGAUCUGUCAGAUGUUGCUGCUUCAGUUGGCUGAGUUAUCAUGCUUACCAUGUGGCGGACCUGUCUAGCUGGAAGUUGGAGUUACAUCAUUAAUCACUCAUCUCUAUGAAUUAUCACAUUUCAAAACAGUGAAUGCUUUCUUCGAGGAAGCAGAAGCUACACUUAAGAUCUUGAUCUUCUAAGGUAAAAGGCGAGCUAGUGCUGAAAAAACACUAUGGAGAAGAGGGCGGAGAUGAUAUUGAUUAUGAUCGGAGGCUGCUAAGCUCUUCUGAUGAAUACACUUUUGGAAAGAUUCCAAAUAUGUCAGCCACAAUACCUUCACAGUCACUACUUCCACGGAUGCAGUUCGGAUUAUCUGGAAACAACCCUCAGCGAAGUCAUGCUUCUCAAAUGUUGAAUGAUCAAAUGUUUAACAUGGGAGGUGGCAAUCCCAGUGGUAUGAUGCCCAUACAGCAGCAGCAGCAGCAGCAACAUGGUUCACAAGGUGCAUUUGGUGGCAUGGCAUCAAAAGCUCAGAAUCUACAAUCUGGUAUGGUGACACUUCAGAACACACAACAGAAUCAUCACAAUUUCUCUCAACAAAGGCAGCAAAAUCAACAGUGAUUAUGAGUGGGCAUGGUGGGUUCAGUUUAGAAUGAACUGAAUCAUGUGUUGCCCUUAUGAUGUGCUUUACAAAUACUGAACCAAACAGUUUAAAUAUAGAGUAGUAAAGAAGAACUGAAUUGAAAAGGGAGAAGUUAUUCUGGUUU